AACCGUGGACCGGCCCCUUGAGCCCCGUGGUGCCCAGGGAUGCGGCAGUCAUCUAACUGGACCCAAGUCUGUCCCGAGAAGCUUUAGGCAUUCCUUCACCAAGCCCUGCACAAGGCUGGUGGUGAUAGGCCCAUGGGGCCCGGGCUGGGGGUUGUCAAAGUCAAGGGCUUUGCUUUGUCUUGGGGCUGCCCGGCAGGGUCCUCAGAAGACUCUGGGCCAGGUCCCAUCCUGGGGUGGGUGCGGACGUGACCCCAGAGGCAGCUUUGAGGAGCAUGACUGGGGUCCGGUUCCCUGGGCGUGCAAGUCAGGGGCCUUGACUCGGCUCAGGUUACAGACCUGGGUUCAGAUCCUGCCUGCCCCCCUCGCGAGCCUGCCCUCUGGUAAGUUCCUAGAAGCUUCCCCCAAGUGUUGAGAGGUUGAGAAAGCAGGUGUGGGCGGCUACACAAGGACUCUGUGGGCAUGUGACUGUCCCCUCUCCAAGGUGCUGAACCGGCAGGCGCCUCGGUCCUGCUGACUGCGGGGACUGAGGGUCUGGUGGUGGGACAGGAGCCACCACAACAGGAUGCAGGCUGGGGGAGGGGGCCUCCAGCCCCCUCCUAACUCGGGGGAUUGGCCCCUGCUCCUUGCAAAAGCCGGCAUCACCUCCCCUGCCCCACACCUGCCCUCGGCAGGGACGUGGUCAGGGAAUGUGUUAACCUGGGAGACUGGGGCUGGCAGGUUGGGGGCCAGCGUGGGUGUGGGAACCCUGGCGGUGGUUCAAGGAUACUCCCAACCCCGCUCCUACCCUGGGCACCCACCUUGGAGGCCCCACUCGGCAGGAGCUAAGACUGCAGUCAUAAUAGGGGUGGGAACAGGGGUCCAGCUGUGCCACCAACUCCUCGAGUGGCCUCAGGCCAGUCACCCACCCCCUCUGGGCUUCCCGUGCUCCACCCUCACGAAGCCCCUGGUCUGUGAGCAUGUUUUGGGGUUCAUCCCUGGUCAGCAAGUCUGAUCCCAAGCUAACCUCCCCAUUCCAACCCCCCGGUCUUCCCCCUCCCGCGGAGGCCCGGCGGAGUCAGGACUCGGCUGGGCUGCAAGAAAGUACCAGGCAAGGGAGGACUGGUGAUGGCCAGCUAUGGAGCGCUGUCCUGUCACCAGCUUGACAAGGAAGGCAGGAAGGAAGAUACUGUUAAAUCCACACAAGAUGAGGUGACAUGCCCGAGGCCUUACCAGGCAGCUGGUCUCCCAGGAGCCACUCCGCUCCGUGGGCCUCUGCAGCUCAGCCGGAGCACCCUGGGGCUCCCAGCAGGGGCAGCUGCCUGGACCUCCACUCUCAGUGGCCCUCCUCCCCGUGGCUCAUCUUACUGACGAGGCUCCAGGAAGGUCCAUCGUGAGGAUGACCCAGGGAAUGAAGGUGGGCAGGGAAGGGGGGUGGUCCCAGCGCUGGGGGCACUGGACCUGGGUCACACUAACUGUGACUUGAGCUACGCACAACUCCUGACUCGGUCACCCUGUCUGUAAAAUGAGAGCAGUGGUCCUCAGCUGUUAACAGGGCUUCAUUAAGGAGCACGUGUCACGUCGUUCUCACUGAGCUGGUGGAAAUCAGGAUUUCUUCUCAGGGCAGAGGAAGAAGAGAGGGCCCAGGUUGCAGAAGUAGCUGCAAGAAUGCCUGACCUGGACUAGAAGGUGUCUGCAGUGUCAGUCCCUCCACUUCCCCAACUUUUAGUGGCAUCUGCGUGCAUGUGCCCACCUGGAAAGGGUGGGCGUUGAGGACUGAACCCCACAGCUGGGUGGAUGUGAUUUGAACACAGACUGAUCCACAGAAGCAGAAGCAAAAGCAGGCGUUUGGUGGGGGUGUGACCUGAGUCCUCCAAAGUUCCAGAAAUCUGGAAGAGGGCCGUGAGCAGGCCCAGUCUGUGGCACGGAGAAUAAAAUCAAUCCUAUCUAGAGUUCUGAAAUUCAGGUAUUAAAAUCAGCCCUGCCCACAGAUGUAGAGAACAAACGUAUGUACACCAAGGGGGGAAAGUGGCUGGGAGGGGGGGGAUGAGUUGGGAGAUUGGGAUUGACAUAUAUACACUAAUAUGUAUGAAAUGAAUAACUAAUAAGAACCUGCUGUAUAAAAAAAUAAAGUUAAAAAAAAAAUUAGCCCUGCUUCCCCCCCCGCCCGCCCCCGGUUUAAGGAUACAAGUAGUUCCCAUGCGGAUUGUUAGGAGAGAAAGAGCAGCCCUGCUGUACCUGCUUUUCUCCCUGGAGGCAGCCACGUUUACCUCUUUCAGCUGAGCAUUUUGCUCGUGCCUCUAAACAAUAUGCUUGUAUUACUACUUCUCGAUUUGUCAGUUUCAGUCAUAAUUGUUGAUUUUCCACUGGGGAACAUGAGGAUUUAGCUCUUUGCUUCCCUGCCCCACCACACUCUCAAGCAUUCAACGAUAACCUUGGUUGGCUCCGCAAUCAGUGUUUGCACCGUUACAAGUUAGGCAAAUGCCGUUCUCAGCUGAGACUCAGAGAAAACGGUAACUUUUUAUCUCUGGCACAGCUUGUUUUUCCCGGAGGGUUUUUGCAUUCGCUUCAUUUUCAAUAAAUUUAUCACUAAUUUAGCCCCAAACUUUUACCAAAUCGCUAAAGCUCUUAAGACGUUUGGAUUCAAAACACUUCCUGAGGUUCUGGUCAAUGUGCUAAUCAGUUGUUUUUUUUUUUCCUUUUUGUGAGAUUCUAAGUAUUUUACGUAGCCUCAUUAUAAUUAUAAUUCAUGAUUAUAUUUAUUGGAAUGUUCAGUAAUAAGAAACUAAUAUACAUACCGUGCAUUUCUUUAUUAUGAGUUGUACCAUAAUGUAUAUAACACUUUCAUUCAGGAAAAAUAAUUACUGGAAAAAAAUUUUUUUGGACGAUCUUUGGACUCCACCGGUGUCCUAUCAUUUUCAUCUUCCUGAAGAAUCUGUUCCAAGCCUCCUGACUACCCCAAGUGGGAUACCCUGUCGGGACUCUUGUCUCUUGGACCCCAUAUCUUCCUGUUUCUUGGUUUACUCCCUCGUUUUGGUGAAGCAUAUCCUAGAGGAGCCUUCUGAGAAAGGGGACAAGGGAUGAAAGUUUUCAAUAACCUGACAUGCAUGAAUCUCUUGUUUCCAUCUUCAUGCUUAAUUGAUGGGUACAGAAUUUGGUUGAGUAUAGAAAUAUGUUGGAAAUUAUCUUCCUUCAACGUUUUGAGAUUUGCUGUUUUCCAGUGUUAUCUAUUCCUGUGUUUAAAAUUAGCCCAAAAUGUAGCAGAUUGAAACAAUAACAAUAAACAUGCCUUUUCUGUGGGUCAGGAUUUUGGGAGUGACUUAGCUGGUUGGUUCGGUUUAGAGUCAUUCAUGAAGUUGCAGUAAAGCUGUCGCUAGAGCUGGAGGGUCAGCUUCCAAGAUGACUCAGUCACAUGACUAGCAGAUUAUGCUGACAGAUGUUAGGAGGCCUCAGUUCCUCCCCAUGUGGACCUCUCCACAGGGACACUGAGUGUCCUCACACAUGGUGGCUGGCUUCCCCCAGAGCGAGUGAUCAGAGAGAGAGCCAGGUGGGUGCUGCGAUGUCUUGUAUGCCUAGCCACACAUUACACACCGUCAUUCCAGUCAUGCCCUAUCCAUAAGCCCUACCCAGUGUGGGAGAGGACUACACAUGAGGGCGUGAAUACCCCAAUAUGGGACUCACCGGAUGCUGGCUUCUAGUUUCCAGUGUUAUUUCGAUAGCUCCAAAAUCAUUCUUUUCAUGAUCCUUUGUAAGUGAUCUGCUCUGUUUUCGCUCUCCUCCCCUCUCUCUCUGUCUCUCAAAGUUUGUAGAACAUAAUUUUUCUCUCUGAUGUUUUGCAAAUAUCAGGUAUAAAGUUCUAUUUUCAUCUGUUGUUCUGGGCACUUGGAGGACAUUUUCAAUCGGUAAACUCGCCUUCUUUUCAGUUCUGGGAAAUUUCCUUGCAUUAUUUUGUUUACAAUUUCCUCUCCUCUGUUUUCUUUGUUGUCUUUUUCUAGAAUUCCUGUUAUUUAGUCUUUGACAUACUGUAUAGGACUUUACUGCUUUUUCAUUUCUUUUUGACUCUAUUUUUCUGGAAGAUUUCCUCAAUCUUAUCUUCCAAACAUCUUGUUGAGUUUUUUGUUUCUGCCGUAUUUUUAUUUCCCCAAGCUGUUUUUUGUUCUCUGAAUGCUCUUGUUAAAUAGCAUACGGUUCUUGCUUCUUGUUCUGGCCUCUCUUUUUGCUUUGAAGAUAUUAAUUAUUGCUUCAUUUUAGUUUUGGACAUUUUCUUCUCACUGCUUCUUACUGUUUUGUUGUUGCUGGGUUGAUUUUUUUGGUCUUUCUCCCUCACGUGUGAGGUUUUCCUCAGUAACCCUUGAAUGUUCUGCUCACGUGUAAGACUAGGGACUAAAAAGCUAAUUGGAAGCUCUGAGCGCGUGACGGGGGCUUGUCAGCUGACUUUCACUGUGGGUGAGGCAGCUGAGCCAUUUGCUUGUAGAACCUUAAGUCAGCGUCUUUAGGUCUUUCCUCCUGAACUCGUCAACACUUCCCAGGAAAAAGAGAGAAGCCUGGUGGCUGCCAGGUUCUAGGAGUUGAGUCAGAGGAAGGCUGGUCUGUCUGCUUAGUGCCCCUGUUUUCUGUCUGCCCCUCCCAUGCUCAGCUGGGCCUGGGACUCUCCAUAUACUCCCUCCAAGAAUAAGUCUCCACGUUUCUGCUGAGGUCGGGGGAUGGGAAAUAGGGAUUGGCAAGAUUCUUACAUGCGUCCAGAAGGACCUGGUGCCGCCAAUUCCUGAUUCCACCGCCAACUUAGAGUUGCUUCCUGGAGAGCUGUUUCCACCUGUCCAUCUGUUUCCCCAGCUUCCUAAAUGUUGAUGCCGCCUCCUCUCCCACAUUCCCCAUCGUCGUGGGCUCGUGUUUUUAAGACUUUUCUCUUCUCUCUUAUCGUAGCGUUUCAGGAGGCAAAGGUAGGUGUGUGUGUGUGCCUCCCCCAUCUCCGCCUAGAAGCCGUCGCUGCCGAGGUCAUUGUCACAGAGACCCUGGGCGACCUCGGAAGUCACACACGGCGGGGGAACCACAGAGGUUCAGGGUGAGGGACAGAGCCAGGAUUUGUCCCCGGAGCUGGCUGUCAUCCAGGUUCAGCCCCCUGGCUCCUGGAGCAUCCUGUCCUGCCUGCCCGGAAGUCUGGGCAGGCAGGAGUCAUGGGGUCUGUUCCCAGAAUGCCAGGGGCAGGGCGGCUGGGGGCAGGGCCGGCUGUUGGACAAACAGAUCAAAGGUGAGGCGCCCCGGGGCUCCAGACCGGGCGUGGCCGAGUGCACCAUGAGGCUGCUGGUCACCCUGGGUCUGCUGUGGGGCUCGGCAGCCACCACGUCCUCGGGCCCGCAGUGGCCCAAGCCCGUGUUCGGGCGCCUGGCAUCUCCUGGCUUCCCAGGCACGUAUGCCAACAACCACGAGCAGCACUGGGCCCUGACGGCGCCCCCCGGCUACCGCCUGCGCCUCUACUUCACUCACUUCCAGCUGGAGCCCUCCUACCUCUGCGAGUACGACUUCGUCAAGCUGAGCGCCGGGACCACGGUGCUGGCCACGCUGUGCGGGUCAGAGAGCACGGACACGGAGCGGGCGCCCGGCAACGCCACCUUCUACUCGCCGGGCUCCAGCCUCGACGUCACCUUCCGCUCCGACUACUCCAACGAGAAGCCGUUCGCGGGCUUCGAGGCCUUCUACUCAGCAGAGGACAUCGACGAGUGCCAGGUGCCCCCAGGAGAGGCCCCCACCUGCGAGCACCACUGCCACAAUCACCUGGGUGGCUUCUACUGCUCCUGCCGUAUGGGCUAUGUUCUCCACAGGAACAAGCACACUUGCUCAGCCCUGUGCUCAGGCCAGGUCUUCACCGCCCGGUCUGGGGUGUUCAGCAGCCCUGGAUACCCUCAGCCGUACCCCAAACUCUCCAGCUGCACCUACAGCAUCCGCCUGGAGGAGGGGUUCCGUGUCACCCUGGACUUCGUGGAGUCCUUUGACGUGGAGAUGCACCCUGAGACCCAGUGCCCCUACGACUCCCUGAAGAUUCAAACAGACAAGGAGGAAUAUGGCCCAUUUUGUGGGAAGACGUUGCCCCGCAGGAUUGAAACCAAGAGCAACACUGUGACCAUCACCUUUGCCACCGAUGAGUCGGGGGACCACACAGUCUGGAAGAUCCACUACAACAGCACAGCUCAGCCCUGCCCUGACCCGACGGCACCACCUAACGGCCACAUCUCCCCUGUGCAGGCCACAUACAUCAUGAAAGACCGCUUCUUUGUCUUCUGCGAGUCGGGCUACGAACUUCUGCAAGGUUAUUGGCCCCUGAAAUCAUUUGUUGCAGUCUGUCAGACAGAUGGAUCUUGGGACCAACCGAUGCCCGAGUGCAGCAUUGUUGACUGUGGCCCUCCUGAUGACCUACCCAGUGGCCAAGUGGACUAUAUAACAGGUGCCGAGGUGACCAUAUACAAAGCUGUGGUUAAAUAUCGCUGUAAUGAGUUCUAUACAAUGAGAACAGAUGAUGGUAAAUAUGUGUGUGAGGCUGAUGGAUUCUGGACGAGCUCCAAAGGAGAAAAAUCACCCCCCGUCUGUGAGCCUGUUUGUGGAAUAUCCACCCGUACCACAGAAGGUCGUAUAUAUGGAGGACAAAAUGCAAAGCUUGGUGAUUUUCCUUGGCAAGCCCUGUUAUUAGGUAAAACUAUAGCAGCAGGUGCACUUCUAUAUGACAACUGGAUCCUAACAGCUGCUCAUGCUGUAUAUGAGCAAAGAGAAGACGCCUCCUCCCUAGACAUUAGAAUGGGUGCCCUGAAGAGACUGUCACCUCAUUAUACACAAGCCUGGGCCGAGGCCAUUUUUAUACAUGAACGUUACACUCAUAAUGCUGGUUACGAUAAUGACAUAGCAUUGAUUAAAUUGAAGAACAAAGUUGUAUUAAAUAGAAACAUCAUGCCUAUUUGUUUGCCAAGAAAAGAAGCUGAAUGCUUCAUGAGAACCAAUGAUAUUGGAACUGCAUCUGGAUGGGGAUUAACCCAAAGGGGUUUUCUUGCCAGAAAUCUAAUGUUUGUUGACAUACCAGUUGUUGACCAUCAAAACUGUACUGCGGCAUAUGCAAAGAAGUCCUAUCCGGGGGGAAGGGUAACUGACAACAUGCUUUGUGCUGGUUUAGAAAGUGGGGGCAAGGACAGCUGUAAAGGCGACAGUGGGGGGGCAUUAGUGUUUCUACAUAAUGAGACACAGAAAUGGUUUGUGGGAGGAAUAGUGUCCUGGGGUUCCAUCAAUUGUGGGGAAGCAGAUCAGUAUGGGGUCUACACAAAAGUCAUUAACUAUAUUCCCUGGAUCAAGAACAUAAUUAAUAGUUUUUAACUUGUGUGUCUCCAGUGAGUACAUGAUUCUUUGUUCUAAAAAAUACCUGUAAAAGACCUCAGCAGCAAACUGACCUGAGAAACAUUAACACGACAGUUGCUGUUCCACCUCAAAACCAAACCAAACUACAGGUGAGCUGUGCCUUUCAGGCACUUCUCCACUUGCCACUUUUCCACCACUUACUCUCUGAUUGAAGGGGACAUAAACCAUUGUAGUGAUAUUCACCGUUGCCAAUCCAACAGAAACUCACUGGUUAAAUUUGGACUCACUUACAAAAGUCCAGUGUCUUUUUGCACUGGCCAUUUGCAUUUCUGGAAAUUGCCUGUUCCUGUUCUUUAACUGUUUUUCUCCAGUUUUUGUACUUGUUCUUAUUGUUCUCUGAGAGCGUUACAUAUUAUAGCAGUAUUGGUUCAGGAAUUACUUUGAAUCAUGUUUUUCUUGGGUAGAUAAAUUGGAAAUAUCAAUACUUUGGCCUAGGUAUAGACUGAUUUCCAUGUUAAAAGCGAUGCUAUAAUUUUUCACUUCUCAAACUGGCAGAAAAGAAGAGCAUGGAACAGCACCAGUUCACACUGUUGAAGGCGAUGAAUUUUCUGAAGGACAAUUUGGCAAAUCUAUUCCACAAGUCUUAAAAGCAUGCAUAGUCUUUGACCUGGUAAUUCCAAUGCUAAGAUUUUAAUUUAGCUGUGAGGAUGUUCCUAGCACUUGGAAAUAACCUAAAUAUUUUAUUUUCAAAUUCAGAAGACAGUUGAAUCAAAUGUGGCAUUUCCAUAAGAUGAAAUACAACAUUAAAAAUAAGUGGCGGUAUUAUUGAUAAAUCAAUCUGUAGUGUUUUUUUCCUUUACCACGAAUGUGGAAUACUUGGGCACAUUUAAAAAUAGAUUACAGAUCGUACAACAGCUAAGUACAGAACUUAAAUACACAGUUAA